GACAGUUUCAGUAAAUGUGAGAAAUACCUUUUUGCUUGCUUAUCCAGGCACCGGGACAGGCGACUGUGUGCACUCUCAGCGAAGAAAAAAAGAGAGGUUGGAAUGGAUUCGACUAGGUUGGUGUCCUUCCUCAACACCCACCGAUAAUAAAGACAUCUUCCUACAAUUUACACUGAACUCAUUCAAAAUAAACCUUUCGACCCAAGUCUUUAACCUGGAAGUGGUCUUUUAAACACUUAUUAAUGUUAACUCUACAAUUCGGUCAGUGCGGGAAUCAGCUCGGAGACGUUUUAUUCAGGAAAAUAACCAAAGACAUUGGCUCAACGAGUCCAGGCACCUCCUUCACUGACUGUUACGAAUACAGUGAAGCUACCACAUCGAAAUGGUUCGAGGGUACCUCUCAGGACGGGCGAAAUAUAGCCAGAGUCAUUCUCAUCGAUGCUGAGAGGAAAGUUAUAAACAAAAUCAUCGCGAAAAAUGAUGAGAGCUUCUGCUACCGAUCAAGGAACAUCAUAACUCCGGGUGAUGCCGGAGGAUCGGCGAACAAUUGGGCCUUCGGCUACACCAGGAAGGGCCCGGAGUUCCAUAAUUGGGUGCUGGAGGCCGUGAGGAGGGAAGUGGAGAGGGCAGAUAGGCUCGACGGCUUCCUUUGCCUGCUCAGCUGCGCUGGAGGGACUGGAUCCGGUCUAGGAAGUUUCAUAUUAUCUUCCCUUCGAGAUGAAUUUCCUCUGAAGAACAUCAUCGCAGCUCCGGUCCUGCCCUUUCCCUCUGGAGAAGUCGCAACCCAAAACUACAAUGCAGUCCUCAGUCUCGCGAAGGUCCUCGAGGAUUCCGAUCUGGUCGUCGUGCUGGAGAAUCAGAAGCUCAACGGGGAAAUCUCACAGAAUCCCAAGAUGAAGAUUGACUUCCCGAGGGAUGUCAACGACAUCGCCGCUCAGCAGAUUCUGUCGGUCUUCCAGCCAGCAAGGGACUCGUCUUCAAAUCGCUAUAACGAUGUCAAUUACAUCAUCUCCAAGGUGUCUCCUCAUCCAGGAUUCAAAUUAGCGACUGUUGAGGCCGUUCCCCUCAUUCCAGACACUCAAAACAACGCAUCAAAUUUUCAAACAGUUUCUAUGAAUUAUUCAGGGCACUUCAAGGCCCUGAAGAAGGAGAUUUCGACCCCUCGAGGGAUCAAGAGCCUCUCCAACAUCUUAAUCACAAGGGGAACGGCCAAACAAAAAGGAAAAAAGAUGUUUUCUCCUGAUGAUGAUGAUUCAUCUGCUAUUGAUCAACUCAUCGAUCGAGGGAUCUAUUCGAAAAUCAAUUGGCUAAAGUUCGAUGAGAGAAUUACGCAUUUUCAUCAGAAGAGAAAUUUCUUAGGAAAUGAGAGAUUCAGCUCAGUUAUUUCGAACAAUUCCGGGAUUGCCGGUCCUCUGGAUGAUAUUUUGGCCGGCGCCUGGAGGCUCUACACCCACGGAGCCUUCCUCCACCAGUACAAACAGCAUGGCCUCGAGGACGAUGAUUUUCUCCGUGCAUUCGCUAAACUUGAGAGUGCAGUCAAGUCCUACAAAUCACUCCAAGUCGAUUGAGGUGACUCGACUACGUAUAUUCGCGCAACUUCCGCAUUGUCGUCACAAAGUUACGCCACCCUCUCCCGGUAUAACUACACGAGAGGGGCGCUAUCGAUCCACGGAGGAGGGGGGCUUUCCUUUUUCUAGCUUUACUACCCGAUCACCCCACCAACCCAAUUGAGGGAUGUCUUCCUGUUACGUCACGAGAUCGACCCACGGGCUCACCCCACCAGCGGUGACGAAGAUGGAAUUAACGGGUUCUCAGAAACUACAAGACUUCUCCUUUAGUCAAUUUGUUCAUUUGACCUUGGGAAAAGUAUUGCGAAUAUUAUUUAAAUCCUUUUAACCAAGUUAGGGAUGUACACAAUGAUGAAGAAAUGACGAUUUAUUUUUUUCAGUUGUGUAAUAUUUUUGUGAACGAAAAAUGUAAAAAUUUGAAAUUUUCGCGAAAAAGGCUAAUAAAGAUUUAUCAAAUGGAUUUUACAAGUAAAUUAUGCUUCAUAAAGGAAGAAUGUGUGAAAUUGUGAGUUCAGCAGGAAAAUCGCAUAAAAAUAGAAAAAAAAACAUGUAAACCAUUUUUCUCGAUUGUAAAUGAAUGAUCUUACUUCCUCGUAUAUUAGAAAAAAAAAACGAAAUGAAA